CCUGAAGGCAGCACGGAGUCAGCAUCCAGCACAUCACAGUGACGUCCUGUGCGGAUACAGACGACAGAUGCCCUUACAGUCUCCACGGCAAGCUUCUUUCUGUUUUCUUCUUAUGUAAAAAAGAAAAGAAAAGAAGAAAAAAAAAGGGUGGGGGCGUUUUAAAACCUGGAAGAGUCAGCAGCGAGAAUGCAGAAGAGCUCAGUGGUCGUGGUGGCGGAUAAAACGAGCCUGAAAAGGCCGUUUAUUUUCGCUAACGCUGUACAUAUGGCUUUGUGUUUCUUCAUGUUGAGGAUGACUGUUAUUUGGCAUAGGGACCUCAUACAAACUGGCAAGAUGGUUCCCAGCAUUUCUGUAGCAAUGAUGUAUGUGAUCGAGGUUGGCUGCCUGCUGCUGUCUGUGCUCGGUGUGUUUGGGGCCUGCAAAGGGAAGAGAUGGUGUUUGAUUCUGUACGCAGCCGGGAUGGCGGCGGCCAGUCAAACAAUAAUCAUCAGAACGGCACUGAGUUACCAAGAUGUUUAUGAGAAGCGUGUUGUCCGUGAGGAGUCCAAGCUGCUGGCCAUGAUGCCGCUCACUGCGCCCAACAAAGCCAACAGGACGUUGCUACAUAAUAUCCAAGAGGAAUUGGAAUGCUGCGGUCUCAUUGAAGGGUACAAGGACUGGGGUGCGUCCAUCCCCGCCUCCUGCAACUGUCACUAUCCAGGAAAAUGUGUUCGACUACGGGGCAGCGCCACUAUCGGGGCGCCGAAGAACCAGUAUGUUUAUCGAGAGCCUUGCCUACCGAUUUAUCUCUCCGAACUGAAGCUGGCCUUCUCCUUGGUGAUGGUAAUACAGUUUGGGAGCGGAGUAUUCUGGAUCAUCUUACUCGCCAUGAGCAUCAAGCUGAUGGGACAGAUCAAAAGGAAACAGGAGUUUAUAGCUCUCCUCCAGUCCAACAGAUACGUUCCCGGCGCUUUCUAGAGGCAGCAGUAUGUCUUAAAACACACACACACACACACUUUACAAACUCCUACAAGCGUACGUGGUUUGAAUUGGCACAUGGAGCUGCAUACCAUAACCAGGCUAUAAUGUGCUGUAGCAAUAUAUGUUAUGAUUUUAUACAUGUUACUGCAUGUAACUGAUGUUUGAAAAGUGAUCUACAUGGUUAGAUUAAUAUUAUUAUAUUACUGUUUGAAGCCUUACUGCUGUAAAACAAAGCAAUUUUACUUGUACUUACAUGAUAUUCACACUUUUACAUGCUUCCAUCAUAUAGAAGAUUGUGCUUUCAACCAAUAUUUUUUCAAGUAAGUUGUUUUUCUGGUGCUUUUUUCCCCCCUGGGACAUGUAAGGAUGUCCCUUAAUAUAUAUAUUUUUAAGUUCAAUAUGCACAUAAUUACCUUUAUUUUAACUUCAUUUGUUCAAAAAUGGUCUGAAAUUUAGCUACUCUAUUGAUUAUUUUAUCAUUUUCUGUAUCCCAACCUUCCGAGAUCAAUUCAGUGUUUUUAACAGGUUCAGUACCGCAGUAGGCACUGCUUGUUAUAAAAACUGGGAUUCGAAACUGUAAAAUUAUGACUGCGGCUUUCUGCGCUCUCCCGACUUAUAAUGAUGUUUGGCGAGGAAAGAUGUAUUUUAAAUGUACUUAGCUGCUUGAAAACCCUUUGGAAAUCCUGUGAUUUAUUGAUUCACUACAAUGCUCUAAAACGUGAUCACAAAUGCUCUCUAAGGAAAAGCUUUCUUCAAAGGCGUUAUGCUAUAGGUAGAUACGCCAAACAGGAAGUGAGGUUAAGGUGUUAAUCAAGCACAAAUAUGCCCAACAUCAUUUGCUUCAUGUGACUGAAGAAAGCCACAACUUUGUUUAAGUCCAAUUUCUUAAAAACAUGUGUUUGAGUCAGUAUGUAGAUCCUAAGCAUUCUGGAAAGAUGUGGAAAAGUACUGUUUGGUUACAGUAAGUAUUGAAUUAGAAACCAAAAAGGAAAAACACAUUUUAAGCCCUCUCCCCUCUAAAAUCUUUAUCCAUCUAUCUGUCCAUCCAGCCAAACCUCAAUCUGUCAUCCCCAGGGCAUGAUAAAUCAUCUAUCUGCUCAUCCUAUCUAAUUACUAAUUACUUAUCUGUUUGUGUUGCUGCUUCCUUCUUCUCUUCCUUACAAUGCCUUUUUUUUUUUUUUUUUUUUUUUGCGGGUUAGGUUCUUAGGAAAUGCCUGACCGCUGUAUAUAAAUAUUUUUUAUAUAUUCACAGAACUGGGAAUAUGUGUAGGAACCAUUUACUUACUAUAUAAUAUAUUAUCUCAAUCCAGUUGAUUCAAAGGCUAUGUAACAUUUGAUCAAAAACACUGCAGUAUUUAUUUAUUUAGUUUUUCAAGCCCGAUUGGUGCAUCUUAAGCAGCUUUCAACAACCUCGAGUGGUGAGUUUGUAGUGGCGAGAAUGAACGCUGAGAACCAGAUGAUGGUGAAGAUUAUUUAAUGAAGGAAGCUCAAAACAGUCCAGGAUGACAGGCAGCACGGCAGAGAGCUAAUUACCGGUAGCAACUGAUACACUGAAGACUGAAAACGAGAGCUAAGCAGACCAGGACUUCUCAGUUCAACUGGAGAGCCGACACACGUAACAACAAAUGACAUUAGACAAGGACCCAACGAGACAAAGGACACAGGUGGACUUAGAUACACAGGGAGGGCAAUCAAAUAAAAAGAGACACAGCUGGGAACAAUCAAGAGGGAAGACAGACUCACAGGGGAACAGGCUAAUAAACACAGAAAAACCUCAAAAUAAAUACACAGAAAACACAGAUCACUGUAUGCCAAAAAUUGUGUUCUUGUAUUAUAUGCACUUUUUUAAAAAAUAGAAAUUAGAUCACCUUCCACAUGCACACACGAUGCACUUUUUGUCUUUCCUUUCUCCAUUUGUUUCACUGUUUGUGGAUAAAAAUAGAUUCUAACUUAACGUGCAUCUGCAUUACAACCAGUUACGUUAAAGAUGAUUUCUUUUGUCACUUAAGCACACAUGAAACUGCAUUAGAGUGAACAAUAGUCAUUGGAAAAUAUUAAUACUUAUAAGCUUCUUUCAGCACCUUUUUUUUAAGUGUUUACAAAUGCUUCUAUUGAAUAUAAUCAAGUAUUUCUUGCAUAUAUAAUCAGGUUAGACCAACAGAAUGAGUCACAUUUCUCAUUGAAUGUCUUGACUUCUUGUUAUGCACAUUGUAUAUAACUGAAAUGUUAUGGUUGUUAUUGGAUUUUUUUUUUUU